AUCCAAAUAUCAAUAAUAUCAAAGUAAAAAUUCCCUAUUAAUAUGCAUAUAAAUUUAGCUCAUCAAUGCACUACCAUUCCUUGUCCUGGAUGUUCACAACUCUGGGGGCUCAAACACAACAAGUUAACUGGCACCUUGUCUAUAGGCAUGGAAUUUAGCAACCAACUGAGCCUAGUAGAUUUGCAGAACAAUGAGAUUACUGACUUUGAUGGAACAGGAGGAAAAAACAUUCAGAUAAGACUUGCUGGUAAUCCCAUUUGUGAAGAGACAGGAGUAACAAAAAAUUGCUGUGUAGUUCCACAAUCAAAUCCCACUUCCUUGUAUACUACCCCUCCCAGUCCCAGCAGCUGCCCGUCUGCUACAUGCAGUUCAGACCAGGUUUAUAGCCCCAGAUGCACAUGCGCAUAUCCAUAUACAGGAAUUCUAUUUUUUAGAGGAAUUUUAUUCUCAGACUUGGAAAACUCAACCAUAUAUGUGGCUCUACAGACAAAUCUGACGCAGUUCUUCCAGCUCAACAAUCUUCCUGUUGAUUCAGUUUCACUAAGUAAUCCAAUAAUGGCUCCUUAUAGCUAUCUUCUAUUGAACCUUAGUAUCUUUCCAUAUGGCCAAGAUAGAUUCAAUCGAACAGGGGUUUCUACAAUUGCAUUUAUAUUUAGUAACCAAUCUUACAAGCCACCACCUAAUCUUUAUGGACCUUAUGUUUUCCACGGUGAUGCUUACAACCACUUUUCAGACACUAAAAACUCCAAAAAAUCAACUACUAGCAUCAUUAUUGGAGCAGCUGUUGGUGGCUCUGUGCUCCUGCUACUUUCACUACUUGCUGGGGUUUAUGCUUUUCAUCAAAAGAAGAAGGCAGAAAGAGCAAGCCUAGAGAGCAACCCUUUUGCACACUGGGAUGUUAAGAAAAGCAGCGGAAGCAUUCCUCAGUUAAAAGGUGCAAGAUGUUUCUCUUUUGAGGAGCUUAAGAAAUAUACAAAUAACUUUUCAGAGGCUAAUGGUAUUGGAUCCGGGGGUUAUGGAAAGGUCUACCGGGGAACUCUUCCCAAUGGAGAGCUGGUUGCAAUUAAACGAGCCCAGCAAGGAUCAAUGCAGGGUGGGCUGGAAUUCAAAACAGAGAUUGAACUUCUAUCUAGAGUCCAUCAUAAGAAUGUUGUCAGUCUAUUAGGAUUUUGUUUUGAGCGAGGUGAACAAAUGCUAAUAUAUGAAUAUGUUCCAAACGGCUCUUUGUAUGAAACUCUAUCAGGAAAGUCAGGAAUCAGACUAGAUUGGACUAGGCGACUCAAAAUAGCCCUUGGUUCAGCUAGAGGCCUGGCAUAUUUGCAUGAACUUGCCAAUCCUCCCAUCAUACAUAGGGACAUUAAAUCAACUAACAUAUUAUUGGAUCAGCACCUCACUGCUAAAGUUGCCGAUUUUGGUCUUUCCAAGCUUAUAAGUGACAGUGAAAAAGGUCAUGUUACCACUCAAGUCAAAGGGACAAUGGGUUACUUGGAUCCUGAAUAUUAUAUGACUCAGCAGCUAACUGAGAAGAGUGAUGUUUAUAGUUUUGGGGUGCUUUUGUUGGAGCUGGUAACUGGAAGAAGACCAAUAGAGCGAGGGAAGUAUAUUGUAAGAGAGGUGAGAAUGGCAAUGGAUAAGACAAAAGGCUUGUAUAGUCUUCAUCAAAUUCUUGACCCAACCAUUGCAGAUACAAGCCUGAAAGGUUUAGAAAAGUUUGUGGACCUAGCAAUGAGCUGUGUGAAAGAAUCAGGAGCUGACAGGCCUACAAUGGGUGAAGUGGUAAAAGAGAUUGAAAACAUCAUGCAGAUUGUUGGGAUGAAUCCCAAUGCUGAGUCAGCCACAAGUUCAUCAAGUUAUGAGGAGGCAUCCAAGGGAAGUACCCUCCAUCCAUACGGUGAUCAGUCCUUCGCUUAUAGUGGUACAUUUCCAGUUUAAAAAGUUUGAACAUAUGUUGAGUUUGGUUUAAGUUUAGUUUUUGGAGAAUUGAACAACUUCUGUGUCUGGCAUUCGGUUUAACAGCGGGACAUAUAUACAUAUAUAUAUAUAUAUAGAUAUAGAUAUGUUUUUUGUAUAGUUUGUCUUUUGUUUGCUCAAUUUGAUAAAAGAUAGAAAAUUAU